GACGCCAUGUCGCUGUUUGCAUGAAAAUUUUUUUGUAACCAAAAGUUAUUGAAAUAAGUUAUUUGAUAAAACUUAUCUAUAAUUUGCAUAAAGCAGAGUUUCCUGCACAAGUGUACAUACGCUUUAAAGAUGGCGCUGCAGACAUACGGUGAUAAGCCAGUGGCAUUCCAACUGGAAGAGGGUGGCGAGUACUAUUAUGUGGGCUCGGAGGUGGGCAAUUAUAUGCGGCACUUCCGUGGCAUCCUCUAUAAAAAGUAUCCGGGUAUGACCCGUAUUGUUCUCUCCAAUGAGGAGAGGAAGCGUCUCGCCGAUUCUGGCCUCAGCUCACACAUAUUGGCGAGUUCGGUGUCGCUACUCCGUGCUGUAGAAGUUGAUGACAUUAUGGCCGGCAAUGAUGAGAAAUAUCGCGCCGUUUCGGUAAACACUUCGGAUACACCAGUACCGCGGGAGAGCAAAUCAAAGAAGCAGCCACAAUAUGUACCAACAAUGCCAAACUCUAGCCACCUUGAUGCAGUGCCUCAGGCGACGCCCAUCAAUCGCAAUCGGGUGCACACUAAAAAGGUGCGGACAUUUCCCAUGUGUUUUGACGACACAGACCCAACCGCGAGUCUGGAGAACGCAGCACAGAAGGAGUGCCUAGUUCCCAUACGUUUGGAUAUGGAACUUGAGGGGCAAAAGUUGCGUGAUACUUUCACAUGGAACAAAAAUGAGAGCAUGAUAACCCCUGAACAGUUCGCCGAAGUUCUGUGCGAUGAUCUCGAUUUGAAUCCCCUGCCAUUCGUUCCAGCCAUUGCGCAGGCUAUACGCCAGCAAAUCGAAGCGUUCCCCAACGAUCCGCCCAUACUGGAGGAGAGCUGUGACCAACGCGUUAUAGUCAAACUCAACAUUCACGUGGGAAACACAUCGCUUGUUGACCAAGUCGAAUGGGACAUGUCAGAGAAAAAUAAUAAUCCCGAAGAGUUUGCCAUCAAGCUGUGCGCCGAAUUGGGUCUGGGCGGUGAAUUCGUUACGGCGAUUGCGUAUAGCAUACGGGGUCAACUAUCAUGGCAUUGUCGGACCUAUGCGUUUAGCGAGGCUCCAUUGUCUACAAUCGAUGUGCCCUUUCGCAAUCCGAGCGAUGCGGAUGCCUGGGCACCAUUCCUAGAGACGCUAACCGAUGCCGAAAUGGAAAAGAAAAUACGUGACCAGGAUCGAAACACUCGACGCAUGCGACGUUUGGCCAAUACAACAACGGGCUGGUAGUCGAAACGGAUUGUUCCUGUCAC